AUGGACAGGUUGGACCAGAAAGCAGGCACCACUAGUCAUUUCUCUCCUGACAGACUCACUGGCCACAUAGACCAGUUAAACCACCAUUGCAGCAAAGGGGAUUCUGGUUACAGUUCCUUCUCUACUUCUUUCAAUGCUCCAGAGUACCUGUCUCUAGCUCAUUGCAGUGAGAGUCCCAGGCAGUCAGGAAAUGUGCCUCCCAAUUCAGAGGCAUUGCAACAAACUGAUACAAAACUGAUGUCAGUAAUCUGUGAUGCUGGUGUUAUGGGCACUGAAGAGAGACCUGUGUUCCUGUCAAUGGAGAACUCCAAUAGUAAUUGUCAUGAUGGGAAAUAUAAUUGGUCGAGCCCACCUCCUCCUCCAACACGCCGUGAUAGUUUCCUAGUUACCAGGCAGCAUGAUGGUCUUAGUAACUAUUACAGCCAUGAUGGGCCAUGCCCACAGGAUAUGACAAAGAGAUCAUCAAUUGACAGCAAGACGCAGGGGAUAACUAUUGAAAGUAAUCAGCAAUCUAGGGAGAUAAUGAACCUGCCCCUUAAAAGACAUCCUUCUGAUCUUGGAGAAACCUAUUCCCAGACUCAGUGGUGUGGGUCUACUUCAAACGCUAUUGGUUUUGUGAAAAAUCGCUCACUUGAAGGUUCAGACAAUUUUACUUCCAAACAGGGUCAGAGCAACCCAACUGGCUCAUCACCUUCCUCUAUCCAUCACAGCUCUGGUGCCACACUUGACUACAGAGAAUCACAGCAACAAAUCUACAGUCUCCCAUUGGCACAGGGAAUUAAACCACUUUCUGUUAGUCAUCAACACGUUGAGCUACCACCUGUAGUAACUCCUAGUAGUGCUAGUGAAAGCAAUCAGAAAGCAGCACCAUAUCUUUACAUCACCAGCACAUACACCCAUACAUCUACUCGGGAAUCCAGGCCAGUAGAAGGCUUUUCAGGCCCUAACCUGGCAAAGGGCCCGGAGAAGACGACAGAACCACAAAAAUCUGAGUUGGAUCCUAAGUUUAAUAUAGCUGGAGAUUGCGAAGAGGGACAAGAAUCUUUGAAUGAGGUGAGUCCCAGACAUUUAGUGCUUCAGUCACCUGGUCUGGGCUUACAAACUACGUAUGGACAAUUUGAGUUUAGGGGGCAUAACAACACCAGCAGCAGCCAGAUCUUCUACUGUGGACCCAGGGAAAGUUCUCACAGCCCUAAACCACAUCCUACCAUGCCUGAGUCAGCAAUGCAGAGCACAAAAAAAAGCCAGAGGCAAAUGAGAAAUAACAUAGACAGUGCAGGACUUCAAAUAAUUCCACAUUCAGAUGCAAGAAAUAACUACAGUGUUCUGGAGAGCCACUCGUCCAGGCCAGCAAGACAGUCAUGUACUGAUGGUGUAAUCACUGCUGAAAAUACUCCAAUGUUACACCGACUUGCCUUUGAAAGCAUGAAUACUGCUAAAAAUGCAGCAGUGAAUGCUAAACAGAAAAGGCAACUCACUGAGGGGUCAAAGGAGGAAUACAAACAGAGGGAAGGAAACCAAGACCUGCGCCGGGGGUUCCAAAAUAAAAUGGCACAGCUGCGAAAGUGCAAGAGUUCUUCCCAGCUCUUAGGUGAAUCUACUGAACUCAACCAAUUGAAUGAAGAAUCUCCAGACACCUCGGGCUCAUCGAUCGAUUCUUCUAAAAUUGCGUAUAGAAACCAAGUAAAGUAUGCACAGACUAAGGUCCUGAGGGAGACCUCUUUUAAACGCAGAGAUCUCCAACUCAGUUGGCCAAACCGAGCUAAGCAGAAGCCCACUGAGAGGCCAAGUCUUACACAUCUUCGAACAGUUUCUUUGACAGACCCGAGUCAUAGCCCUGUUGAUCCUAUAAUCACAGCUCCAUUAUCACAAGUUUUGCAUGAGGAUCUACAAGCUGAAGCUCUGGCACCCCAGCACCAGACUGCCCGUAUAGGGAGCAGGAAAAGACUGACAUUGCAAGAAAAGAAAAUGUAUCAUUCAGAACCUGAAAAAAUAAAUCAAUUGGGUGUGCUGAACAGUUCAAGAAAAUGCACUCCUUCAUGGGAGCAGGAAAAGACCUGCAACUUCCCAAACACGCAGGGAGGGAGGAGUUUUGUGGAUUCAAGGCGCCAACUGUUUGAAACGACUUCCUUGGCAGCAAAUGCAUUGCCUGUGGGGCUAAAACAGAUUCAGCACAAGGCGUUAGCUGAGUACAUGGAUCGCAAGAGAAGUCAGAGACCUUGUGGCACGGAGCUCAUUUGCGACCAAAGGCAAAUGGUGAAGGUCACCCAGCACAGGAGGUUUUCAGAGUGGAGUAACAAUGCAUGUCCCAGCUUCAGCCCUGCAAAAUGGCAGAACAUAUCUCGACACAAGUCUGCAGAGAUACUAUGGGAACCACGGGAUCAUUCGGUGGCAGUCCCUGCCCACUGCAGUAACAUAUCUCCUGAGAGCCAACGCUUCCAAAAUCGGGCAGGUGACAUUACGGUUUCCAGAAUGUUUGCCUCCACUGAUAAUUUGUUGGACCAACCAAAAUCUGUUCACUUUGUUGGCCGCCCAAGAUCAAAGUCACACAUACAUCCCUUGUUUCCACAGAAGGAUUCAGCUCCUGGUCGAUGCUCAGAAGCACUCAAACAAAUAAGCAGCAGUAACAACUCCUCCUUCAGGCCCUUUACUGCUAAAAUCAAUUCUGUAACUGAACCCCCGAUUUCCUAUUCAAAAUGCCAUGAAAAUGAGUGUAAAAACUUGGCACCCAGCAAAAGCAGCCUUGAAAGACCACGAGGAAAGUCCUUGAAUGAACUGGAAUCGUCAAGAGUCAAAAGUCUUUCACUACGGAGCAAAAGCUCUGACCAGCUCCACUGCACAGUGAAUCACAGUGAACCAGCAUCCGAAACUGGAAAUGUAGAAUCUCAAGGAAGACCCAGUGGAACUCAAACUGAAUGGAAUAACGUAGCACUGACAUUGAAAAGAGGACCUGCACCCCCACCAAGGUUGCCUUUUCCCAAACAAAACUGGACUAAGUUGAAGAGGGAAGACAGUAAGUCAGGAACCAACCAAGUUUCAACCACCACAUUGUCGGAGAGAGGCUCCGCCAUGGUCAAGACUCAUGUAGGUUCUUCUGGUGCAGCAUCUCCUUCUCUUAGAUCGCCAUCACCGCAUUCUGGGCUGCUGUCGCCACGCAGGAAAUUGGGAGAUCAGGCAUAUUCCCAUUCCUCCAUGUCUUGCUGGGAAGAUGAUGUGUUCCUGGAGGAUUUCUCUACAACUUCAGAAAACAAUAAGACCGAUCCUUGCAUCGCUUCUGAAAACAUUUCUGCUCAAUUCAAUCUCGCACGACAGCAUCCUUCAAAAGCAUUCGAAUCUUCAUCCAUGGAAAUUGCAACAAAUGAAGAAACCAAAAUGAUUCCACAAUUGACCAGAAAGAAUUCACUGCCAACAAGGGAAUCUGCUCAAAUGAAUCCUAGAGGAAAUGGCGAGGAACAUCAUUGCAGGUACAUGCCAACAGAGUUGGGAUCUUCGCCAAACUGUUCAGACACCAAUUUUGAAAGGCCCAUGCCAACUUCUAUGGCACAAGCUGCAAAGUCUGUUGUGGGCAAAAGUGAGAAUGGUAAGUUGUUUCCAGUAAAAGACCAUCAAGAUAACAGGGAAGUGCCAACUCAGCAGCUUUCAACAGACCCAGAUACCACCUCAGUCCAUCUGAGGGUGAAGACAAAAUCUCCUGAAGACCUGAGAAUGGAGGAGCUUAUGAAGGAAAUUAUAGAUGAGGAUCAUUCACUAGCAGAUGUCCUUGAUCCCAGCCCCAGAAGGAAAACUAUAAUAGAUCUUGUGGGAGAGUUGUUUCAAAAGGAUACCAUGGUGCUUGAGGCUUGUCAGAGAAAGCAAAUGUACAGUCAGACGAUGGAGAAAGAAACCAAGAAUAAAGACAAGCAAGGCACUAAAUUCCCAUCUUCAACAAAAGUAGAUUCCCAACCUGAAAUAUCAAUCAAAAUUAAUCAGAAACAAGAAAACACCAAGAGUGAAGUGCAAUGCCCAAGUGGUGUCAUGGAGAAGAAGAAGGAGUUAAUUAAUACAAUUAAAUGUAAACUUCAAAAGCUUCAGGAAGCUAAAGCUAGCUUAAAUGAAGAUAUCAAAAUGAAUAGCACGCUAGGUAAAGACAUCGAGACCUGGGUCAGUGAUGUCUGUACAACCAAUGAAAUCCAGAAAUACAAGACCUUCAUUGAGGAUUUGGACAAGGUGAUGAACUUGCUGCUGUGUCUAUCAGGCCGCUUGGUGCGAGUAGAAAGUGCCCUGAGUAAAGUCAACGAGGCCACUGACUUGGAAGAGAAGCAAUCAUUGAAUGAAAGGCACCGGAUGCUCUCCCGCCAGCAUGAAGAUGCCAGAGGACUGAAGGAGCAUCAAGACCACCGAGAACGCGUGAUCUUCAGUAUCCUAACAAACUACCUCACAGAGAAGCAGCUUCAGCACUGUCAACACUUUUUCCAAAUGAAAAAGGCUUUGUUAAUCAAGCAAAAAGAACUUGAAGAGAAUCUCAGAUUGAUUGAAGAGCAGCUUGAAUCUCUCGAAAAUACUCUUCAGAUAUGAUUUCAU